UACUCCAUGGUAGGUCUCAGCAUAGAAAUAGUAGAGCUUUUAUUUCUAUGGGCUCAGUCUUGCAUUAUUAAGAUCUAAUUACGUUAGACGGUUGAAGUAUUUGAACACAGAAUUAGAAUUUUUUGUAUUGAAGAAAGAUGGACAAUGAGCCGGGAUUAAGUGAGCCAGGAAUGGUUAGAAAGUAAAAGAUAGUUAGAACUAUUCACUAUUAUGCCACUUACGCAUUAUGCACACUUUCAGACAUUUUCCAUCUAAAAAUCAAAGAUUCAUAGGGAGGAAAAACCCCUACUCUCCCCCAUACAGCUGUUCACCCUUCACCCCCCUCCAAACUCGGAAUCUGUCGUUUACCUGCCCUCAUCCAUCUGAUUUCUAUGGCCUGCAUUGACGGUAAUACUUCUUUUCUAAGUGCUAAUCAAAUCUGUUUCUAAGUGCAGAAUUGAAGGGAUUUAUUGAUAAUUGGUAAUUCAACAAGAUUUCGAUUGUACAACAGCAAAAUAACGAUUGUUUCCACAGCACGGUCAAUAAAGAACCCCUUGGAGUAUCUGAAAGCCGCAUGUUUGGCUUUCAAUCAGGGAUAAGCAGACCUAAUUUUGAAGGUAGUUCCAGCAUGGUAACAUUGGAGAUCACAUAUGCAGUUUCAACAGUUUUUUAUACCGUUGGAGUGUUAGUAAUUUUAUGCAACUUGCUCGUUAUCAUUCCUGUGCUACGAGAGAAAAGGUUACGAAAACUUAAGUAUAUGCCACUAUUUAGCUUCGCAGUUGCGGAGAUAAUUUGCGGAAUCGCUGCCAUAUUUUCUGUGUUUGUAGCCAGAUCGGCAUCGAGCGACUGGUCACAACGAGCAAUACCUUUGUUUAUGUUUGGCCAUUGUGCGUGUGUCCUGAACAUAACAGUUGUUUUCAUGGAAAGAUGGGUAGCUAUAUUCCAUCCAUUGAAAUACCAUCAUAUACUGAAAAAGAGAAGGUUGGUCGCUUUGAUAUGCAUUGCCUGGCUACUCGCCCUUGUGCUAACAACGCCGAUUGCAGUUUUUCAUGAGAUAUCGCAAACGGGACAAACUGUCCAUAUCAAUGAUUUUGGAUCGAUAUACUUGAUCACAGUUGAUUCUGUGUUUCUUGUAUUGACCCUAGUUAUAGGCUGCAUGCAAGUUCGCACUUUGUGUGUAGUUCGAAGACAUCUGCGCCGGACAGUGCCAGUCCUAGACAUACGUGUUCAACCACUCGCAACCAAACUUGCCUCUACUGACGCACCCUGCUCAGAGUUUCCAAGAAGCUCUCUCCAAAACGUUUGCCAUGAGCGUCCAAGAUUUAAUUUCCGGAUGAUGGAUUACAAACAUGUUUGGGCUGUGAAUGCAGUGUACCUUGUAAUGAUAAUAACCUGGUCUCCGAUAAUCAUAUCAACAUUGAUAAUGAUGGCUGGUGACUCAACAAGUGUAUGUAGACUUGCAAUUGAACUGUCAAUGGUACUUCUGUUACUAAACUGUGUAAUAAAUCCAAUAAUUUUUUCUUUGCGAAUGACCUGUUUUCGUAGAAGUAUUAAGGAAAUGUUAUUUAAUUGUAAGUUCUGUAGUAAACGAUAUUAAUUUUUUUUCUUCAAAAAAAGACAAUUCUUAAAAAUGUUUUUAGUUUAUCAAAGAGAUCGUCAAACUGCCCUUUAUGUUGUUGCAAAAGCAGGGCCUCCGACGAAGGGGUACCGGGGGGCCAUGCCCCCACUUUGGCAAAACAAAAGAGCUUUUUCGAAAUCUUUUCUUAAGAUUGUUAUUCUCGUGGUCUCCUCACUUUUCAACCCAUAUCGGAGCCCAUGAAAAGAGUAGAUACAUCAGCAUUUAACAAAAUUAUAAUAAUUUUCUCUUGAGUAAGAGUAAGAAAAACAACGUUUUGACAACUUGUGUGGUCUGAUAAUUUUAAGAAAGGACAAUUGAAAGAGAAUGUCCAGUAGACCAAGAAAAAUUGCGCAUCCAGGGGGGAAUGACUUGCUCCAAGUCUACUUCGUGCUUGAGAGAGGAGCAUUUGUUUCUUUCUCCUGGACUUCUGCGAAGGCUAAGGGGGGACAGUGCGGGCAUCACACUAGAGAUAAAAUAUCUACGUACUAUGCAAGAAUUUAUGGUGGAGUAAAAAAAGCACAGCGUUUGACAACUGGCUCGUAACCUUAGGAAUAAGCAGUUCAACUUCAGUUUUAUUAUUCAGCUAUAAAAUUAAAGAAGAGUUGGAACAAUAUGUAAUGAUAGGAAAGAUUCAAGGCAGAGACAAAUGAUGUUACCAUCCAUGGCAGAAGAUUAUAUGACGACAACAAAUGACAAGCUUCAAGCUACAUGCUGCAAAAGAUCGAAGUGGAAGGCCAUGACCACCUACGCCCAUUAUGGGCAUGGUACCUAGUGAGAGAGAGCCUAAAAUCCCAUUAUGACUUUUGUUGCUAAAUUCAACGUGUAAUUUACCUCUUACUUCACAGCGUAUGGUAAAUUUCAAUUCUGUUGAUUUCAAUUGGAAAAGCAAACCAGCGAUGAGAAUGAUAUUAUUUUUUACAUUGUUUGGCUGGGUAAUCAAAUGUAGAUAUACUCCAUGAGCCUCUGUUUCGCUACUGCCUCACUUAAUGGACGCUACAACCGAACAGUACCAAACAACGUCGAAUAUUUCAGUGAAACCUCUGCCUGGAUCAAAAGAAAGCUUAAUUUUUGUUUACUCAGAACUGCAGUAAUUUGCAUUAGAGGUUCUAGGUCCCGCCAACAUGUUGUCCCUAUCGGUGAAAUGGAUGACCUUGACACUAGAAACAAUUUGUCUAGCAUCGCUAAUUAAAAACAUUAUGUUUUAGUACUUUCUUUGUUCUUUUCAUUUUGUAAACCGGCAGCCUAUCGGUUACCCU